GGGGCUGAAAUCAUCCAGUAGCUAACUUGGAGAUAGAAUCAACUUUCACAUUCUCCACUUCAAAAUCUAAUUUACCACUAGCAUUUUCCAUUUCUAAACCAUAAUCCGGGUCUAUAUCAUACAAUUUUUUGAAAGGGAUAAUAUUCCCAGCCUUCAGAUUGAAACUUGCGGAUCUUCAAGGCUCAGAUAACGUCUUCUUCCCCUCUCAAGCCACAUACGCACAAUAUUAACUCCCAUCUAAUCAUCUCAACGAUAGCCAACUCCGAUAUUGCCCGUCACCCAUAACCAAACAACCAUGGCAUCCGCAGUAGUAAAGUCCUUCACACUAAUUUUCUACGCGCCGCCUUCUGCGGUACAAGCCUGCAAAAAAGCCAUCUUCGCCGCAGGAGCAGGUCAAUAUCCCGGUCCGGGUAACUACACUGAAUGCUGCUGGCAGACAUCCGGAACAGGGCAAUUCCGACCGGGCGCGGCCGCGAACCCGCAUAUCGGGACCGCAGGUGGGGAACUGGAAGAGACGCCCGAAGUGCGCGUAGAAACUCUGGUCGUUGGUGAGGAUGUAGUUAAGAGCGUUGUGACUGCUCUAAAGGGAGCACACCCGUAUGAGGAGCCGGCAUACCAUGUUAUUAAACUGGAGGACUAUUGAGUAGGUACGGUCGAAUCACAAGAGACGGGAAGAUACUUCAGCAUGGUUUCAACUUCAUCAUCUCAUAAAAGCAGAUAUCAUACCAAAAAGGAGGUUAUCAUGAGAUUAUUUGCCUCUUGAUAGGAUCUAGGGGUAUCUUAAUGAAUACUGACUAUAUUCCAAAACGAAGACACAAAUUACUACCACUAAAACUACAUUACACAUCGUUAAUCAUAGUUCACAUACCGAGUAA